AUUUGCAGUGACCUAGUAGCCUUGAAUCACAAGCGCAGUCUGGGCACGGGAGUACACUGCACCGACACUGAUAACAUUCAGCCGGAACCACUAUGACACGUCAGAAAUACUAUACAAAGUAGAUGCAAACCGUACUCAGGUUUUGAGGAAGAAGACACAUUCAAGAAUAUAGGACAAAACACUGGAUGUCUGUUGGAAAACAAAACCAUGAAGCGCCAAACAAAGGACAUUGAUCGCGGAUAUGCAUGGGUGGUUUGUGGUGCUUGCUUUGCUAUGCAGGUGCUCUGUGGUGCUCUAAACUCUUCACCUGGGGUCAUUACACCGGCCAUUCUGGAAGAGGUUGAUGGCGAUUUGGUCAAAGUAUCGUGGGUAGGGUCAACAUUACUUGGAACGUUCUCAAUGUGCGGACCAUUGGCAGGAAUUAUUCAAGACAGAAUUGGAAACAGAUGGACAGGUAUUCUGGGUGGCAUAUUGAUGUUUGUAGGACUGACAGCUGCAUCCUUUUGUAGGACUGUCACUGGUUUGAUCCUUACGUUUGGAGUCAUAGCAGGUUUAGGUUGUGGUCUGGCUGCUAACGUGAGUGGCGUGGCUCCGAGCAACAACUUCAAUAAGAGACUCCAAGUAGCAUACGGUAUCUGCAUGUCUGGAGGUGGAGUAGGACUGCUGGUAAUCGGACCAUUAGCAGUUCAGCUGUUAGAGAUGUACAGAUUAUCAGGCGCGUUGCUUAUUUUGGGUGCCAUUGCAUGCAAUGUGUGCUUAGCUGGAGCUCUAAUUCGACCACUGAUGCAAGAGGAGUCAAUGUCAGUAGAUCUUGCUCGCCAAGAAGACACAGGGGAGAUUUGUGAUGCACAAGGAGACCCUACAAUGACGAUGCAAUCGCAACAUAAUGUUCUAACUGCAGAAAAUACGACCGUCAAGUCUGAACAGCGUGACGAGGACUGUCCUGGGAGAAGUAAUGAAACGGCAGAAUCUCUGUCUGAACACACCGCGCUAUUAACAACUGAAAACUCACGGAGUAGGAUAAUACCUCAAUGUGUAGCCUUGUUCUGCACAAAUGGAUUUUUCUUGUAUCUGCUCAGUAUCCUUUUCUGGUCUCUUGGGGAUGCAGCCUGCAUGGUUCAUUUACCAAAUUUUGCUGAAUUGAGAGGCAGUACACCUGCACAGUCUGCAAGUUUGUUCACUGUCAUGGGUGUGCCUGCACUUUGUUCCGGACUGCUGGCUGGUUUUGCCUCUUCUGAUCCAGCUAUUGGAAACAUUAUCCUUCACGUUGGACUACUAGGAAUGACAGGAGUAUCCCUUCUGUUACUCCCCGUGCUGUCACAUACGUACAGUCUCCAAAUGAUUUUCAGUGCCCUGUAUGGUACAUACAGUCAGGGACCUUUUACAUUGGUUAGUCCUAUAUGCAUUGAGCUGAUAGGCCGAUCCAAAUUGGCCGUUGGCUAUGGUAUAUGUUCCUUUUUCUUUGGACUCGGCAACAUGGUUGGACCAAUCAUUGCAAGCCUUAUCUAUAAAGUACUGGAGUGUAUGACUUCACGUUUCUUUUCUCAGGUGCCUGCUUCAUCACUAGUGCCAUCCUCGCCUUGUGUAUUCCAUUGGCCAAGAAGUCAACAUAAAUGGACAUUUAAAUCAGCUCAAAUGCAUACCUUCUCACGCAUAGUUGCAAAUUCUGCUUAAGAAUGCAAGGCUUUAAAUUGAGCCGACCAAGCAGAGAACAUAUAUGUGACCUGCGGUUAAUUCCUAAAUAAACUAAGCUUUCAGUU